AUCGUUUGUGCUGUGGUGUACGUCAUGGCUUCGCCUUCCAUUCGGUAUCGUCAAGGUUUGAUGCCAAAUGACAAACCCAGCUGGAUGGGUUGGUCUGAGCGAAGUUCGGUGGUGCUCCUUCCUUCACAAGAGCUCAAAUUAUUUCUGCCUAGAUGGAGACCGAUCCACUGGCCUCUCAACUCUUAUGGCAUUUCUAGCCACCGCACCAUUCAAACAGUUACGAUCCGAUCGAUGCUAGCCUUUUUCAGUGUUCGUGUACGUGACAUAAAUACGGCCUUCAAAGAAUUGGGAAAGAUGUGUGGACAGCAUUUACCGAAUGCUAACGAAAAAGCUCAGACAAAACUUGGUAUCCUUCAUCAAGCUGUAUCCAUCAUCACCGCUCUCGAGGAACAGGUACGACAACGCAAUCUCAAUCCAAAAGCUGCUUGCCUCAAACGUCGAUCGGACGAGGACAAAAUCACACCGAAGUAA